GCAACUGGUUGAACUACACUUGGAGAUUUUCAAGAUCUGAUGAACUCGCUCGGCUCUAGAAGCAAAUGUACUAGAAAACACUUUAGAAUUUUCACUACUUGAUUCCUUCGUUCGUUUAGAAAAUAUGGAAUCUUCAAAUUACAAUAAAUAUUAUGAAGUUCAGAAAAAGGAUUCACUUCUCAACGGUAACGACAAGUUUUUAGACAGCAUGAUUAAAGACAUAUUUAAUAACGACGACCACCUAUUAGAAGAAUCCAUAGCCGAUGAAAAUUUUUCCCAGUUUGAUGAUCUCAACAAAGUGCUUCCCCGACCUUUCAAAAUAAAUAUGGAGAAUAACGCUUCUGAACCUGUGGGUAUCUUCGAGAUGUCUUCACACAUAAACGACGAAACAACGUGUAAAAAGAACCCAAAAGAUCCGCCAAGUGAAGGUAAACACUUCGUCCAGAGUCCUCAUGCUUUAAUCACCCACGACUACACUCAGAAAAGAGAAGAUAAACAUUUCCCAUGUCCCUUUGCUAACAACUGUGAAGCAGUAUACGAAACAGCAUAUUCACUAAAAGCCCAUCUCAGAAGACAUUCCGGCGAGAAACCAUUCAUCUGCAACUGGUUGAACUGCACUUGGAGGUUUUUAAGAUCUGAUGAACUCGCUAGGCAUAAACGUUCUCACUCCGGAGAUAAACCAUACAAGUGCGAACUUUGUGUAAAGGACUUGGCAAGAUCUGACGAUCUGUCCAAACACAAAAAAGUCCAUAUGAAACAUAUGAGCCAAUAUGGAACAUACGACAUAAGAAAGCGUGCAAGAUGUAGUGUUUUCAAGAUCUGAUGAACUAACUAGGCUCUAAAGGCAAAUGUACUAGAAAACACCUUAGAAUUUUCAUUACUUGAUCCCUUCGUUCCUUUAGAAAAAAUGGAAUCUUCAAAUUACAAUAAAUAUGAUGAAGUUCAGAAAAAGGAUCCACUUCUCAACGGUAACGACAAGUUUUUAGACAGCAUGAUUAAAGACAUAUUUAAUAACGACGACCACCUAUUAGAAGAAUCCAUAGCCGAUGAAAAAUUUUUCCAGUUUGAUGAUCUCAACAAAGUGCUUCCUCGACCUUUCAAAAUAAAUAUGGAGAAUAACACUUCUGAACCUGUAGGUAUCUUCGAGAUGUCUUCACACAUAAACGACGAAACAACGUAUAAAAAGAACCCAAAAGAUCCGCCAAGUGAAGGUAAACACUUCGUCCAGAGUCCUCAUGCUUUAAUCACCCGCGACUAUACUCAGAAAAGAGAAGAAGAUAAAAAUUUCCCAUGGCCCUUUGCUAACAACUGUGAAACAGUAUACGAAACAGCAUAAAUAUUCACUAAAAGCCCAUCUCAGGAGAUAUUCCGGCGAGAAACCAUUCAUCUGCAACUGGUUGAACUGCACUUGGAGAUUUCCAAGAUCUGAUGAACUCGCUAGGCAUAAAGAUUCUCACUCAGGAGAUAACCAUACAAGUGCGAACUUUGUGUAAAGGACUUGGCAAGAUCUGACGAUCUGUCCAAACACAAAAAAGUCCAUAUGAAACAUAUGAGCCAAUAUGGAACAUACGACAUAAGAAAGCGUUCAAGAUGUAGUGUUUUCAAGAUCUGAUGAACUAGCUAGGCUCUUAAGGCAAAUGUACUAGAAAACACCUUAGAAUUUUCAUUACUUGAUCCCUUCGUUCCUUUAGACAAAAUGGAAUCUUCAAAUUACAAUAAAUAUGAUGAAGUUCAGAAAAAGAAUCCACUUCUCAACGGUAACGACAAGUUUUUAGACAGCAUGAUUAAAGACAUAUUUAAUAACGACGACCACCUAUUAGAAGAAUCCAUAGCCGAUGAAAAAUUUUCCCAGUUUGAUGAUCUCAACAAAGUGCUUCCUCGACCUUUCAAAAUAAAUAUGGAGAAUAACACUUGUGAACCUGUGGGUAUCUUCGAGAUGUCUUCACACAUAAACGACGAAACAACGUGUAAAAAGAACCCAAAAGGUCCGCCAAGUGAAGGUAAACACUUCGUCCAGAGUCCUCAUGCUUUAAUCACCCGCGACUAUACUCAGAAAAGAGAAGAAGAUAAAAAUUUCCCAUGGCCUUUUGCUAACAACUGUGAAACAGUAUACGAAACAGCAUAAAUAUUCACUAAAAGCCCAUCUCAGGAGACAUUCCAGCGAGAAACCAUUCAUCUGCAACUGGUUGAACUGCACUUGGAGAUUUUCAAGAUCUGAUGAACUCGCUAGGCAUAAAGGUUCUCACUCAGGAGUUAAACCAUACAAGUGCGAACUUUGUGUAAAGGACUUGGCAAGAUCGACGAUCUGUCCAAACACAAAAAAGUCCAUAUGAAACAUAUGAGCCAAUAUGGAACAUACGACAUAAGAAAGCGUGCAAGAUGUAAAGUGUUAGGAGAGAUAUAAAAACUUUUUGUACUGAAUAAACUUCGUCAAACUCAUAUCGUAUGCCUCUAGCGACGUGGUCGAGCAACUCAAAUCCUUAGUCCGUUUUUGUUUAAGCUAAUGUAAUCUUUUUAUAGUUAUAGUUCCAUAAAAGUAGUUUUAGUAUUCUCAUUCCAUGUAAGUCUGUACAAUGUUCGGAUGUUUUGCCAAAUACUUUUCUUUCGAUGUUUUCCAGUAUUAAGCUGUUACUAAUUCCGAAAGUAUUAGGGUGUCAUUGUUUUACCUUUUUUAGCAUCGGCAAUUUAGCAUCGUAUGUCCCGAAAUUCAUAAGAAGCUAAUAAAAUUUUUGUUGCUUCGAUUAUUUUAUUUUCCUUAACAUUUCCAUACCACUUUGGAACUAAUCACAUGCCAUUUCAAUUCUUUGAUGAGGGCAUCUUCAAUGGUGUGAGUUUUCGGUUAAAAAAUGCUUGGCAUUUUUUGAGCCUACCCAAGUGUGUCUGCCCAUGCCCUCGGAUUCCAGUUCCUUCUACUGUUCUAGAAUCGUCUUAUACCACUUUAUGAAAUUCUUAUUUAGCUUUGUAAUAAAUUACCAUUUGUUAGUUUAUCUUAUGCUAUUUUGACUACUCUGGUCUUCUCCAUUCUACUUGUGUGAUUAUUCUAUUUCUAUUUUUUCUUUUGUAUCCACUCGUUUAUAAUAUGUAACAUUGUCUUGUGAUAACUUCACUUCUAUUUCGGCCUUUCAGAGUAUUUCUUGUAGUUCUCCUCAGUUUUCUCAUCUCUGCAGUUUCUAAUACCCUUUGGUGUUACCCUGAUAGACAUGUCAUUAUUGAUCUUAUACUGGCUUUAUAAACUCGUUGAUUCCAUCUUAGUGUUAAUAUGUAGGUUUCGCCAUAUAGUGUUCUUAAGGCGUCUGGGUAGUUUAUUUGCAUAAAAAUGGUAGAUAAUAAUGAUUUUGUCCAUUGCUUUAAGAUUCUUAUGGAAUUAUCUUAGUCAACUGUGUAUAAGUAUUUUCAAAAUUCUACUUUCCCAAUGGUGUAACCUUAUAUUUCAUUUUGGAUUUAAUUUCUAUGUACGAGCAAAGCGUAUUCAUAACUUUCCGUACCUAAUGUUAGAGGUAUGUAUUUAGAUAAUGCAUUAAAAAAUAUGUAAAGAUAUAUUUUGUUCUCUAUAUUGUUUGCCAUGAAAUCUUUAUUUUUAAUUCUUUGACUAUCAUUUUUUUCCACACCAUUACUAUUUCAUAUUACCCAUCUAUGAAGAACAUAAUAUCAAAAACCCAAGAGAUAAAAAACUGCUACAGGAACCUAAUUUAGAUAAAUAAUUAAGUAAAAUGCUUUAUAAAAGGUAUUUUAGAAAUAAAAAUGAACGUUUAGAAAUAAACGUUUUAGAAAUAAAAAUUUCAUAAUCAGCGCUGCUUACAGAUAUAGAUGCUUGAUCCACCAAAAUAAAAGGGUUAAAGCCCUUUAAAUGUUAUAAAGUUAUAUUGUUAUAUAAAAUAAUGAGUCAUUUGUAUACAGCCGACUAAUGUACAGUAAAAAUUUCAUUUUUCAAUUUUAAUCCUUGGUGUGGUAAAAUAAGCAAAACAUUGCCUGUAAAUAAAAAAUUAAAACGUUAACGUGUUACCUACCAGUUCUAUAACUUUUAUUAUUUUGGUUAUGAGCUAUUCCAGGUCAAAUCAACACACUUUGAAUUCAUUUUUUUCCUGACCUAUUUAGAUUUUGUUAAAAUUUAGAGUACUCAUAGUGGAUGAUUAGGUGAAGAAAAAUACAAAAUUUAAAAUUUUUAUCUCGAGCCGUUUCCGAAAUAUGGUUAUGUAAAAUUUUCCAAAAAAAUCCAAAAUACCGCGACCAUACUUUAUUGGAAUGUAUAUAUAUAUUACACAGUACUAUUAUAUAUAUAUAUAUAUAUAUAUAUAUAUAUAUAUAUAUAUAUAUAUAUAUAUAUAUAUAUAUAUAUAUAUAUAUAUAUAUAUAUAUAUUAUCACUGGGCCUGUAUAUAUCACUGUAAAGAGCUUUAAAAAUGCUACAAAAUGACACCUCUCCCAGCAUUUUAGCUCAAUUAGGACAGCUUCUACGACCAUUCCAAUAAAGUAUGGUCGUGGUGUUUUGGAUUUUUUUGAAAACUUUACAUAACCAUAUAUCGGAAAUAGUUUGAGAUGAAAAUUUAAAAUUUUGUAUUUUUGUUUCCCUUAUUAGCCACUAUGAGUAUUCCAAAUUAUAACCAAUUCUGAAGAGGGGGUGAAAAUUAGGUGUGUUGAGUUGAUAGGGAAUGACCCUUAUGCAAAUGUUGCCUCACACAUUUUAUAAUUAAAAAAAGAAAUUCAUUUUCAUUAAUUUUUCUAGCAUUGACUAGUUCUGAUCCUUGUUAUUUAUUACCAAUGUUUCUGUUCUAAAAUGUGUGGUCAAUAGCAAACUGUUUUGUGUUUUGUUUACAAACAAUAUAAUGUGAUAUUAUUUCAAAAAUAAAACUGUUUUGUAAU